GACAAGUUGGGCAGUUUCAGCCGUUAGAUUCCCGCUGGGGGUUUCGGCUUCCAAUUUCAGUUGCGAGUUUGCAAAAGGACCCAGAUGGGGCGCAAAACUAGGAUUUUCAAGCUCCAUUUUCGUAGCAGUUCCACGCUUGAAACCAUCUUUGUGAAGCUCAGUCUCCGAUAACUCCGAACCUUUUGACAAGAAAAAGCAUGGUGCUUCAGCUUCUUUCGUUCAUGGCCACCUCUUCCUCUGGUUCUAGAAGCGUUUCCUAUACCCAGCCAGUAAACCCAAUAAUCAAUGAAACUGGAAAAUUCCAUGUUCGUCAAUUCAUGGGCAAUUCAUUUUUGUUAAAACCCAUGAAUUAUGGCUCUCGAAAGCUCCAUUUUCAACAAGCAUCCUUCACUAAAAAGGUCGAAGAGACAGCAAAGUCUGAAAAUGAGGAAGGGAAGCCGAUGUUCAAGUGGGUCGAGAUUGGGCCACACAUUACAGAAGCUCAGAGGCAAGCCAUAUCCAAACUCUCUCCAAAGCUAACCAAACGUUGUAAAGCUCUAAUGAGGCAGCUUAUUUGCUUUUCUCCUCACAAAGCUAGUUUGUCUGACUUACUAGCUGCUUGGGUGAGGACCAUGAAGCCUAGGAGGGCUGACUGGCUUGCGGUUCUCAAAGAACUGAAGACAAUGGAUCACCCAUUUUAUCUUCAGGUUGCAGAACUUGCCCUCCUAGAAGAAACUUUUGAAGCCAAUAUCCGCGAUUAUACUAAGAUAAUCCAUGGUUAUGGGAAGCAAAACCGUCUGAAAGAUGCAGAAAAAAUGCUCUCAGCCAUGAAGAGUAGAGGCUUUGUUUUGGAUCAGGUGACAUUAACUGCCUUCAUUGACAUUUAUAGCAAGGCAGGCAAGCUUAACCUGGCUGAAGAAACUUUUGAAGAACUUAAACUUCUCGGACAACCAUUGGAUAAAAGAUCAUAUGGCUCAAUGAUCAUGGCCUACAUUAGAGCUGGAAUGCCUAUCAAGGGAGAGAAUAUACUAAAAGAAAUGGAUGCCCAAGAAAUUUAUGCUGGAAGUGAAGUUUACAAAGCAAUGUUAAGAUCGUACUCGAUGGCCGGAGAUUGCGAAGGAGCUCAAAGGGUUUUUGAUGCGAUUCAGUUUGCAGGUAUUUCUCCUGAUGUUAGGAUGUGUGCACUACUCAUAAAUGCGUAUGGAAUAUCAGGACAAAGUGACAAGGCACGUCUUGCUUUUGAAAAUAUGAGAAGGGCUGGUCUUGAACCUAGUGAUAAAUGCGUAGCUGUAAUGCUCUUAGCUUAUGAAAAGGAGAACGAACUUCAGAAAGCAUUAGAAUUUUUAAUGGACUUGGAGAGAGAUGGUAUACUGGUUGGGAAAGAAGCUUCAGAAACACUGGUGGGAUGGUUUAGAAAAUUAGGAGUGGUAAAAGAGGUUGAUACUAUCUUGAGAGAGUAUCCUGGGAAGGAAGCGAAUUCUAAAGCUCCUGCUUCCUAGUCUUUAUUUUUUACAUCAAUUGCGACUUUGUCAGUUGUCCUGUAUGUAUGUAUGCACCUUCUGGUUACCAGGAAUACAGAAAGGAUGAGAAAAGAAGUUUUCAUUUACCAAAUCUUUGCUAUUAUAACAUUUUCUACAAAUUUGAUCAACAA